AUGUGUAAGAGAGUUCUAAACAAACAUGACUGCGGUCACAGCAAAGACACCAGACGCAUGUAUCCUGAGGAUCCUCACGACUGCGAAAUCGCCCUAAGUGAAAAUCGAAGGCAUAAGCGUACGGGAAAGCUGCUUCACUGCUCCGCUACCGAAACAUACAUGUACACAACCGGUGGAUACUGCGCAAAAUUCGAAUGCCACCAGUGGUACCUGAAAGAAUAUGGCUGGAGAUGCUGCCAAUGUGGGCAACAACCAAGUGCAUACGCCACGGGAAAAUGCGAGUGUGAACACGCAAUUUGCCGUAGAUGCGCAACUAUUGUAGAGUAA